CAAAGUUCGACGCGACUUUUCCAGAGCCCCUUCGGAUGUAGCACUCUGGCGGAUUUGUUGAGCGCCUCGUACACGGAUCCAGCGGACGCUGGAAGUCUACCCGAAGAGCUAGAUCCGUUUCCGGAACUGCAGCUGGGUAAUCCGCAAGGAGUACCCACGGCUGACGAGUCGGCCCAAUCGCAUCACCAGCAAGCACCGCAGCCGCCCCCGUCAGCAGCGCCUCUCGCCGAGGACGUCCAGCCAGACUCGCUUAGUUCAACACCCUUGCCGAGCUUCCAAGAGACGUACACGGCUCAACGAUACACGAGACAGGAACUGCAAGUUCUCGGCAUCAAGAUGGACGAGGGUGAAUGCUACGAUAAUUCGGUGUAUCCGUGCACCACCAACUCGCCGUACGGUGCGGUGGUCAGUUUACCCAUGGUGUACGGCCCACCACCGACCAUUACCGGCGGUACGACUCCGGUCGCGUCGACAGAUCUUUAUCCCACUGUUGACAACGUGGUCGUAGGGACGCCUCGUCCACGAAGAGCGUCCGUACCCACGCAGCGGUCAGAAUCCACGAGCAGCGGCAGUACAGAUUCCUCGAAGGCACGCGGCGGAAGCGGAGGCACCGGAAGCUCCGUGAGUUCUCCAUCCCCUGGAAGCGGCACCGGCAACGAACGAGCACCGCCGAGUCCCAGUCAACUUUGUGCCGUUUGCGGCGACACGGCGGCGUGCCAGCACUACGGUGUCCGUACCUGCGAGGGUUGCAAGGGAUUCUUCAAAAGGACCGUGCAGAAAGGCUCGAAAUACGUGUGUCUGGCGGAGAAAGCUUGCCCUGUUGACAAACGGCGGCGGAAUCGUUGCCAAUUUUGUCGCUUCCAGAAGUGUUUGAUGGUCGGCAUGGUGAAAGAGGUUGUCAGGACAGAUUCGUUGAAAGGCCGCCGAGGUAGACUACCAUCGAAGCCGAAAUCCCCGCAAGAAUCACCACCGAGUUCCCCGGUUUCUUUGAUCACAGCUUUGGUUCGCGCACACUUGGACACGACACCCGAUCAAGCGACGUUAGAUUACUCGCAAUACCGGCAACCAAGCCCUGGCGAUCCACCAAUCACAGAGGCGGAAAAGACACAGCAGUUUUACAAUCUUCUCACCACGUCGAUCGACGUGAUUCGUACCUUUGCCGAUAAGAUACCCGGCUUCACGGAUCUGGUACGGGAGGAUCAGGAGUUGCUUUUCCAGUCAGCCAGCCUGGAACUCUUUGUUCUUCGUUUGGCGUACCGCACAAAGCCAGAGGACACGAAGCUGACGUUUUGCAACGGCGUGGUUCUCGCAUUGGAACAGUGUCAACGUAGCUUUGGCGACUGGCUCCACAGUAUCCUCGAGUUCAGCAAAGCUCUUCACAUUCUCGACGUAGACACUAGUGCUUUCGCUUGUUUGUGUGCUCUCACCCUCAUUACUGCAAGGUACGGCCUGAAGGAGCCUCAUCGCAUGGAACAGCUGCAGUCGAAAAUAAUCUCGUCCCUUCGUGAUCAUGUCACCUACAACGCCGAGGCUCAGAGGAAAGCGCACUAUCUAUCCCGUUUGCUAGGUAAACUACCGGAACUGAGGAGUUUGUCGGUGCAAGGGCUCCAGCGUAUCUUUUACUUGAAACUGGAGGAUCUGGUCCCGGCGCCACCCAUGAUCGAGACGAUGUUCGUCGGUAGUCUACCCUUCUAAUCUCGCCUUCUCUCGAGCCAAGCCUAAGGCUGUAUUCGUCGUCGCGUAGAACAGUCCAACUCUUGAGAUCUUGUGCGGUUGCGUACCUACUCGAUUUAAGUUUCCUUAGUUUCUUAUACGUAUACAUAGGUUUUUAUUAUCUUCUUGCGUGUACCCUCACAUGGUUUUCACACACAAGUGAAUCGACGCGUGAAUCACCACGGUAUACCACUCGAGAGUUAGC